UCUUCCCCUCCUGUGUUUCGCAUCAUACCAGCGACGCAGUCAUACGAGUGGGGGAACUUGGGACAGACGUCCACAGUGGCGCAACUGGCGUCUAGGUCCGGCAUACCUGGCUUCAAAAUCCAUGACCAGACAUCCUAUGCAGAGCUUUGGAUGGGCACCCACCACAAAGCUCCCGCUCGAGUCCUAUCUUCCGGCCAUAAGCUUUCAGAACACCUAGCAGCUUACCCUCACCUAAUCGGUGAUCGUGUCUCCAACAAGUUCAAUAUCACAGACGGCCAGCUCCCUUUCUUGUUCAAGGUCCUUUCGUUCCGAAAAGCUUUGCCAUUGCAGCUCCACCCAGAUAAACAUACGGCAGAGAGACUACACUCAGAACAGCCAGACGUUUAUUCAGAUACGAAUCAUAAGCCAGAGAUAGCUAUUGCACUAACGCCUUUCAAGGCACUCUUCGGUUUUUUACCACUCGAGAAGAUCGCAAUCUAUCUCUCUUCUACUCCAGAAUUUGCUGCUCUCCUUCCUCCUGUCAUCAUUAAUCAAUUUAUUUCCGUGGCCAGGUCCUCUCCUUCAGAAUCAGAGGGAAAGGAAGCCCUCAGAGAUUUAUUUGGUUCAUUCUUAACAGCAGAUGUCAAGGAGGUCAAGAUGCAGCUCAGAAACUUGGUAAAGCGGUAUGACGCUGGACCAGACAGAGACGAGGAAAAGGAUAUCAGGUCCUUGAUCAUCUCCCUCAACAAACAAUAUCCGGAAGACAGUGGCGUGUUUUGUGCCUUUAUGCUCAACUAUGUCGAGUUAGAUCCUGGCCAGGCGAUCUUCCUAGCUGCAGGGGAGCCUCACGCUUACGUAGCAGGAGAUAUCAUCGAAUGUAUGGCAAAUUCUGACAACGUGCUUGAAGCGGGCUUCACUUCCGGACAGAAAGAUGUUCCCAAUUUUAUGAGUGGCCUUCUCUAUUCUGCAGCGCCUGCAGAAACGCGCUUCCUUCCGUCUUCACCGUUGACCCGUGAAGGCCUGACAGGUAAGGCCACGACUAUAUACGAUCCGCCCAUAGACGAGCUUGCAGUUAUGCAAGUGAUCGUUCCUAAGGGUGAGGCUGAGUCCCAUCCUGGGCUUGGUGGCCCUUCUAUAGCUAUAGUCCUUGAGGGCGGAGGGACGAUAGAAUGGGGAAGUGAGAAGAUGGAAGUGUCGAAGGGUCAUGUCAUUUUCAUUGGACAAGGAACAGACGUGAAGUUCUCAGCCGUGGAAGAUGAGUUACGCGUGUAUCGCGCAUACGUGGAGGCG